AAAGGAUCAGAUGUCACCAGCUGUGAGGGGCUGGUAUAAAGGACAAAGCUGCCAGCUCUCAGUCAGAAUAGAUACCAGCAUUUGACAAGUAACUGCACACACUGAGGAUAAGUUUGCGGAGUGUGACUGAUUUUUUUUGGUUACUUUUUUAAUCUAACGGAGAGGGAGGUUUGUAGUAACUGUAGGCAGAGACUCUUCCAUUAUGGACGUUCAGAGGACAGGAUCUAUGGUUCGGCCCCCGAGCCCCAUGGAUAGCCUAGAGAAGCAGCUGAGCUGCCCCAUCUGCCUGGACAUGUUCACCAAACCCGUGGUCAUCCUGCCCUGCCAGCACAACUUGUGUCGUAGUUGUGCCAGUGACCUCUACGACUCGCGCAACCCAUACCGCUUCUCUGGUGGCGUCUUUCGCUGUCCUACCUGCCGUUUCGAGGUUGUACUUGACCGCCAUGGUGUGCAUGGGCUCCAGCGUAACCUAUUGGUAGAAAAUAUUAUCGACCUCUAUAAGCAGCAGCAAGAAGGCAGUGGAAGCACAGAAACCACCCUGAAGCCUAAAGAAUCCAAAGAGCCGAUGUGCCAAGAACACGAGGAUGAGAAAAUCAACAUCUAUUGCACUACCUGCCAGGUACCCACCUGCUCCAUGUGCAAAGUGUUUGGCCAGCAUAAGGACUGUGAGGUGGCACCUUUAGCAAGUGUUUACCAGACCCAGAAGGGUGAACUGAGUAAUGCUAUCGAUACUCUGGUGGCUAGCAAUGGCCGCCUGCAGGCCCUGCUCAACCAGAUGGAAGAUGCCUGCCGUGCUGUGCAGGACAAUGCUCAGCGUGCUAAGCAAGGGCUAGCUGAACGCUUUGACCUGCUAUAUGCUGUCCUGGAAGAGCGCAAGACCGUUUUACUAGACCAGAUUGGUAAAGAGCAAGAUGAAAAGGUGGCAGCUCUGCGUGCACUGGCUCAACGUUACGGUGAACGACUGCAGACGAGUUCAGUGCUCACAGAUACGGCUGUGAGGGCGCUGGAGCAGGGUGGUGCUGCUGAGUUUCUGUUGGCCUCCAAGGGCCUCAUCACGCAGACCAAAGAUGCAGCUAAAUGCUCGCUGGGGGAAGAUAGGCCAGAGCCAGGCUUCGAGAAGAUGGACCACUUCACUUUGUCAACAGAGCAUGUUCAAACAGUCCUGGCAAAAAUGGACUUUGGAGUUGUUGAUGAUGAUGAAUUUGAGGAUGCAGAGGAAGAGGAGGAGGAGGAAUAAUGAAAAUUGAACUAGUUACGGAUUUGUAGGAAAUACUGUAACACAUGCUUUUUGAAGGUUUUUGACACAAUUGUUUAUGGCAGGGACUGCAUUUGAUGUUGAAAGAAAUCCAAGGUUAUGGUGGAUGUGGGCGGCUUGCCCAUACUUUCAGUGCAAUAUUUUAAUGUCCUAUUCAUUCUGUUUCUUAACUUUUUUUAUACUUUUGUACUUCUAAGCCAAUUAAAUGGAGGAAUUGGUCUACAUAAAUGUUAAUAUAAAAUGUCUGAAGAUUGAUAACACAUUGUUUUCCUCAUAUGUAGCUUAUGGAAAUAGUUAUUUGUGUUUUUCUCACUUUGUCAAACUUUAUGUUGAAUUGGUGAUCAGCUGAUCCGCCUGUAAUCACCAAAUCUGUCUUCAAUGAAAUGUGGAAUAAAGCUGCAUGAAGUUAAGCACCUAUUUGCUUUAUUUGCUAAACUAAAACAUGACAUUUAAGGGAACAUAAAAACGACCCAGUAUUAUUUUGGUCGUAUGGAUUUUGUGCUUCCAACUAAAUAUUUCCCAGUCCAUGCUGCUCUUACUUGGCUAUAGGCUGUAUUUAAAAAUAAAAGCCCUUGCCAUGUC